UUGUCGUGCCAGCACUAUACAUGCUGACUGUAUAGAAAUAUAUUAAUACAUUUGUUAAUGGCUCAAAUCCGGCUCGCAGAGUGCUCCUAUUAGCCAACUCAGCUAGCCGGGCAAAAGAACUUGGCCAGGAUAAAUCAGAAGGACAAAAGCCGACAACCGGACACCUGGGAACCCGAGAAAAAUGCGAAGAAAACUCCAAGGAGCAAGAACAACAACAACAACUGCUAACAUGUGCAACGUUGCAUGGAAAAAGGGGAGUUUUGCGGACCACUUGCUGUCUAGUUGGAUGUCCCUCUUCCUGGCCGUCCUCGUUCUCAUCUCCUGCAGCACCAGCAGCAGUGCCGCGGAUCCCCUCAAGGUCAUAUACGCCGUUAAUGCCGGCGGAGAGGAGCACACGGACCGGAAUGGCAUUCAGUACGACGCUGAUCCUUUGAAGGGCAUCGGCAUCGCUUCGGACUAUGGCAAGCACCUGCUGAUGAUUGGACGGGUGCACGAGCAGGACGAAGUGCUGUACAGGACGGAACGCUACCACACCACCACCUUUGGCUACGAUCUGCCCAGCGACGGCGACGGAGAUUACGCGUUAAUCAUGAAGUUCUGCGAGGUGUACUUCGAUGCGCCACAGAAGAAGGUUUUCGAUGUGCUGCUCAACAGGAAGCACACUGUGGUCCGGCAACUGGACAUCUACGAUCAAGUGGGUCGGGGCUCCGCCCACGACGAAAUAGUGUACUUCAAGAUCAACAACGGACGGCUGAACUACGAGGGCGAAGUGUCCGAUGUACGCAAUGGUCGCCUGCGGCUGGAUUUCAUCAAGGGUGCUCUGGAUAAUCCCAAGAUUAAUGCCUUUGCCCUGCUUAAGGGCGAUGUUUCCCAGCUUCCGCGUCUGCACGGCACCGAGGCGAGUGAAAGGAUAAAGCCGGAGGUGGGCAGCAGUAACAGCAAGCAAAUAGUGGACCAGAAGCAGCCAGGACACCAGCCGGAACGAGUUGUGCGCACGCAGAGGGAUGAUGUGGAUGAGGACGACGAAGAUCUGGAUGAUGAGGAGUUUGGCGACGAGCUGCCCGAUCAGUUGAAAGAGAGUGGCGAGCCCAGUGAUCACUCUGCAUCGCAACAGAAAUCAACGGACUCGAAGAAACCUUACAGUGGACCUCGUCAGCCAAAUCCAUACUCCAUGGACGACUCCUCCAUACUGCUCCCCGUGUUCAUCGCCAUUGGAGCCUUCAUUCCGCUGCUAUUCUGCCUUUGCAAGCUGUGAUCCCCCAUCCGUGACCCGAUCUCGACCUGCCAGUUCAUUUCCUGCUGCUUUUUGUGAUUUUUGAUAAAAGACUUAAUUGUAA